AUGCGCUCUGUUGGUUGCGUGUUCCUACUUAUCAUGUUGUUCACCGCUCUAGUGGAAGCACCUGGAAACACCACAAGAAGUAUGACAGUGUACAUUACUCAUGCAAGAAGCCUGCCACGUAAAAAUAAAUUACAAACUACUAUUCAAUCUUACCGCGAAGGAGAAUGUAAUGGAGGCGUGGUCACGAAGAAUUAUAUUAAAAAUGAAAUUAUUAAGAAAAAAUGCACACGGGUAUUGGGUUCGCUUAUAAUUAAGGAUAUAAGAGCACGUCGAAAAAUGUUCGAUGCAUUUCGCAGCAUUUUGCAUAUAGAUGGCUCAUUGCAAAUAAAAAACACGGAAACUCUCGGCAGUCUUGAUUUCUUUUCACAAUUACAAUCCAUAGGUAAUUGGGAACUCAGAGAACCUGCACUACAAAUUGUGAAUAAUACAGGACUAAUCUCGUUUGAUUGUGAAUCAUUAGUAUCAUUAGCCAGUUCGAAUAGAAUAGUAGUAGUUAUGGAAGAUAAUCCUGAUCUUACCUCAUUCACGGAGAACUGGAUGCAGCUUAUUCUCCAUCCUUUGUAUCUAGAUAUAGACGAGGAGGAGAUACAAAUGUUAGGAGAUUCUUUAAUCUAUAUCUCACGAACUCUCGCUAUGUCGUGUGUACUUGUUUUGUUUCUUAUUACCGUUCUUGUGGUAAUAACAUCCAUUCUGAGGCGUCUUUAUAAUCAUCAUGUAUUAAAACUAAUUUCACAAUCAUUGACUAUCUCCGAAGAAAUAGAGCUUGACGAGCAGCAAAAAGGACGUCUUCAAAAAUAUGUGAAUGAAGUGUUUAGUUUGAGUAUAUCAGACUGGAAACACUAUUGUGAUAGUGUUAUUAACCACCCACAUAAAGACCCUACAUACCAUAGAAAACCGAAGAAAACACCGGAUAUGCGCAAAGCUGAAGCGCAACUAAGGAAGAUGAACAUUAAAAUGAAACUAAAAAGAGGAAAACCAAAAUUGGCGAAACUUCCGGAACAAAGAACAGCGUUGAAAGAUCCAGUUGCUGAAAAGAAAGCACAUAUUAAUCUGUCUGAAGAUCAAGAAGAUGCUUUUGAAAUAUGGACUCGAAAUGAUGACGAAGAUCACAAUUUGGCAUGGAGCGGUGAUCUAAUGUCAGCGUACCAUAAAGUUUUUAUUGGUGAUGACCAAGGGAAAAUUUUACGUAGAGAGAUACCAACAACAAGUGGUGAGACGAGGACAUUAAAAAGACACGACGAUGUUGAACUACAUAUCGAGGGCAAGGAUGCAUUUAUUGUAACAACGAAUGUUCUGGAAUUUCAACUGCUUAUCAAGAAGAAAUUUAGAAGUCACAACUCGAACUUAAUCACACAAACGUUCACGACACGACCAAUACUCUAUAAUGGAUGGCCUGAGGACGGUUUUCCGAAAGACUUAAAAACACUUCAAAAAUUUCUCCUAUCAAUUUCCUCAGAUACAAAAAUCCCAACUAUUGUCAUUGGAAAAUCCACAGAUGCAUCUUGUGAACUUUUUUGGAUGUUGAAUCUAGUAGUAAAGUCAGUAGUGGGUCGAGCAACAUCAGCUCGUUUAUCCUCGAUAUUAGAAGCUUGUAUAAUUCUUUUGAGCCCAGGAUUUCUCACAUCACAUCAUUUCCUAUAUCUUCUCAAAUUUGUUCUUAGUUGGGCCUCAAGUGUAGGCGCUAUGACGGAUGAACAACGUGGGCUUAUUCCCGAUUGGAGAACCGGGUAUAAUGCAGAGGAGUUGAAAUGUGAGCCAAGACUUUAUGGAAAAUACUACUUAAGAGUAAUUAAUCUCGAUAUCAUCGAUAGACUUUGUGAUGAAAUUCUAGUCGGAUUGGAUGCCACUAAUCCACCAUCAAAGUCGGAUUUUAAGGAUAAUCAACAUAAUGUCCUAUUGAAGGAUUACCAAAAUGAAAUGGAUACACAAUUGGAAACGGGAGAAUUACGUGAAGAAGGUGGACGUAAUUUAAGGAAUUCAAAGCCAUCAGAACCUGUUAAAACAUCUGAAACACCACCAACAAAGGAGAACAAAGAACUCAAUACUGCUCCAAAUUCACCAGCAAUCAAGAAGAAAAAACCGCAUGAUAAUACAAAAUCACCGCAAAAAAUUCGUCCAACUAUGGGCUUAUCAUAUGCAGCGAAUGCUCUUCAUUUAGCACUUACACCACGAUUUCACAGAGCGGCAAAAGAACGAAGUCAAUCAGUGUCACAAAGUGAAAGAAUUUUUAAAACACCGACAACAACACCACUUAGGAGCGAUCCUUAA